CUGCGCCAGUUAGGUGAGUGGAUAUCGUUCGUUUUUCUUACGAUAUUUUCCUCGACCAUUUUGGAUACAGCCCGUAUUUUGGAAGUACUUCGGAACAAGCAGAUUUAUCAUGGAGGAGAGGAUGUGUUGAUGUGGGGUUUUGUCGUCGUGUGUUUAUUUCAAUGCGCGAGUUUGGACAUCGCGUGUCAUGAGUGUGUGAAUGAAUAAAGGUGUGACGACAGAGUAGGCAUCACGCUAAUAGGAGACAGAGAAUGGAUGGAGGGAGAAAAGAGAGACACGGCAGAAAAAGGGAACAGGACAAAAUCGGAAAAAAAGGAUCAGAGAGGGAAGGAAAAACAGAGCAGGAAAAAUCGGAUAAUUAUGACGACAUGACAACGUUCUGAACUGUUGCGGAGUUUAUCUCUAUCUGUGUUCGAGGAUUUGUUUUUACAUUUAUUUAUUUUAGAGGUGUAACAGAUCAGCGGGACUUAUUUUUAAAUACGUUUAAUGUUUCGGAAUUUAGUGAGCAACGAUAUCCUCCGAAAUGCUCCUCACACAGUGAGAUCACCGUAAUUUAAUACUCAGACGGAGUUAUGGCGAAUUUAGAGUUCGGAUCUCUACAUUCCUGUUCUGGCGGCGAUUCACCAGCGAUGGAUUUUGAAAAGGACAAAGAUUCAGGACGUCACAGUCGUAUCAGAACCGGGUCGCCGCCGCUGCAAACUCAGCUCUCCCAACAGGGCAUGGAGGGAAUCAAAGUUUAUUUGCAUGAGAGAGAUCUGUGGGCGAAAUUUCAUGAUGUCACAACAGAGAUGAUCAUCACCAAGGCUGGCCGACGAAUGUUUCCCAGCUACAAGGUAAAGGUAACAGGCCUAAACCCCAAAGCCAAAUAUAUCUUACUUAUGGACAUUGUUUCAGCCGACGAGCACCGAUAUAAGUUUGCAGAUAACAAAUGGUCUAUCAGUGGUAAAGCUGAGCCUGCAAUUCCAGGCCGACUGUAUGUGCAUCCAGAUUCACCGGCUUCAGGUGCUCACUGGAUGAGACAGCUCGUCUCUUUCCAGAAACUCAAACUCACCAACAACCACCUGGACCCGUUUGGACAUAUAAUUUUAAACUCCAUGCAUAAAUACCAGCCGAGGCUGCACAUAGUGAAAGCAGAUGAGAGGAACAGCUUUGGCUCCAGCAACACAAGUUUUUGCACACACUCCUUUCCUGAGACGGCCUUCAUCGCUGUGACUUCCUACCAGAAUCACACAAUCACUCAUCUGAAGAUUGAGAAUAAUCCUUUUGCUAAAGGUUUCCGUGGAAAUGAUGACAUUGAACUGCAUCGCAUGUCCCGUACUCAAAGUAAGGAGUACCCACUGGUACCACGUAGCACUGCCAGGCAGAGAGUUGCUCCACCCUCUCCUGACUGUCUCUCUCAGUCAGAAUGCAUUAUGCCACAGAAGCCCAGUCCUGGCUACACCUGCUCCAGCACUUCAGGUGACCGUGACCACACCCUUACUGAAACUCCUCCCACUCAUGAUCCCACUUAUCACCUCUUCACCUACCAGCUCUCCCCAGAGGUGGCCCCUUUGAACAGUGUCCCCUGCAGUUUGGAUUCUGCACAGCAGCUGCCUUGCAUGUAUGGAAACUCUCAGGUUGGCAUGGAGGAUAUCAGAUGGGCAUCAUAUACGGACAGCACAACUUACCAAAGCUUUUCCUCUGCUAAAGAAAUGGGUGGGACGUUUGGUACCACCCCUGACCUCUCUCAGGAACUGUAUCCACAAUACACCUGUGAGGUGGGCAUUCAGUCACAUUGCAUGAUGACUGAUUUCUCACUUUAUGCUUGCAAUCAAUCACUGAGCCAAAAUCAGCAACCAAGCAGUUGGUGUGGGGGCAGAUGAGCAAGUAUUUGCACUGUGUGUGUGUCUGUUUGUGUGUGUGUGUGUGUGUGAGUCUGUCAAUAAUUGUUGUGACUUCAUAACUCAUCCUGAAAUCACAACAUUUUAUUUUGCUCCACAGUUUUUAAAUAGUCAUUAAUCAAACACUGUCUGUCACUGUUAUCAUCAAAAUAAACUGAUCUUCACACAGUAAAAAUAAAGGUUCCAUUUAGAACCAAAAAGGAGCACAAGGCCUCAGGAAACUCUCCCUAACUCUCCAAUUCUUCCAACUAUGUAUGGGUGCUUUAAAGGAAUAUUCCAGGUUCAAUGCAAGUUAAGCUCAGUUGACAGCAUUUGUGGCAUUUGUUGAUUACCACAAAAAUUAAUUUCCACUUGCAACCCCCCCCCCCCCCCAGUGAGACACAAUGGAAGUUAAUGGGGGCCAAUUCAUUUAAAUGAAAAUACUCACUGUUUCAAGAGUAUAGCCUCAAGAUGUAAACAGUACGUUUAUUAAGAUGAUUUUAGUGUGAUAAAUCACUUUCUAACCUUUUCUGUGUAAAGUUAUAGACAAUUAAUUAUAAAAAAUGAAGAUGUAAUGUUAAAACCCUGUAAUCCCCGUAAACAACGAUUUAAUACAAAUAAUACAAGAGUUUUAACAGAAUAAUUGAUGUAUGUGCUUUUAUAAAAUUAUAAGCUUCACAUUUUUGCCUUUAAACCCUCCAAAAGUUACCACAUUCGCUUCCAUUCUAAGUGCCUCACUGUAACAUCGAUUUUUGCUUCUUCUUUUUUUUAAAGAAAAGGCGAGAUUAGUCGAAAGAAUAUUUUUGUGGUAAUCAACAUUAUGCCACAAAUGCUGUCGACUGAUCGUAACUUGUAUUGAACCCAGAAUAUUCCUUUAAAGAACCCAGAAACUAAAACACUGAAGAACCUAAAAUGAAUCAUCAAGAACUUUUUAAUCUCCAGGAGUGUUCCUGAGAAAAACGUUGCCUGAUCAUAGAAGAUUUUUGUUCACGAACACUGUGGAGCAUGUGGAAACUAAUGGGGCUUCAGGAUAGUUAAAAAUAAUCAGAGAUUUUCAUAAAAUAUAUAUAUAUAUAUAAAACUUUCCAUUUCCUCUUAUCCCGAAUCCAGUGAUGAACGUUUGCAUGUCCCCUGCGUCUUUAGUGAUGUAUAUGAGAUUUUGUGUAGAUUUUUGGCAAAUCAAAUAGCUUCCAGUAAGAUGUGUGAAUCUCUGUUACUAUUACCACACCUUGAAACAGAUAAAUGUUAAUGGGAUUAUUCCUCUGGAUAAUAUUUCACUUCACUGAUGCUGAUGUACAAACAAUAAUAAACCCAAAUGCAAGAUACAGUCAGAUAUAAAACCCUACAUCUCUUAAGCCUCACAUCCUUCUGAACACACACAUGCUGUAGCCUCAGAGGGAUGGAGGUCCUUUAUUUUGUUUAUUUUUAUUUUGUAUUAUGAUGAAGAAAGGGAAUGCUGGGUACUGCUCGUGUCAUAGUCCGUUAAGGGAGCCAUGAUGUUACCAAUCUUGUCAUGGCCGAAGGCAAGAGAUACAGAGAGACAGUGAGAGAGAGAGGGAGAGAGAGAGAUGGAGUGAGUGAGAGAGAGAGAAAGAAAGAGAUGGUGAAAAGGGGAGUAUCAGCUGGACAUUUAUUUAUAGACACACCAAGCAAUAAGACUUUCAUGAGUGAAAUGUGGUAAUUUUAAAGAAAGUUUUUAUGUUGUGAAUAUUCAUGUUCAGAUGAUUAAUUAUUAUGAAUUAAUAAUUGUUUAUAAGGUCACAAGUUGUGCUUGCUGAUAUUUAUUUGUAAUGCACUUGUUUAAUUUAUUGAACAUUUUGCAUUAGCUUGAUAAAUGUAAAGUUUCUGUGUUUUGUGAAAGUGUUUUUUGAAACUUGUUGGAAUAU